AUGACGAGGAAGUGUUCGCAUUGCAGCCACAACGGGCACAAUUCUCGAACGUGUCCCAAUCGAGGGGUGAAGCUGUUUGGAGUCCGAUUGUCUGAUGAGUCGAUCCGAAAGAGUGCUAGUAUGGGGAACUUGACCCAUUAUAUGAAUGGUGGAACUGGGACUCCCCAAAACGGCGUUGCUCAUGAUUCUCCGGGAGACACUCCCGAUCAAGCAUCCGGCGCUGCUGAUGGCUAUGCCUCCGAAGACUUCGCUGCUGGGUCAUCUUCCAGCCGAGAAAGGAAGAAAGGCGUUCCAUGGACUGAAGAAGAACAUAGGAUGUUUUUGCUCGGUUUGCAAAAGCUUGGCAAAGGUGAUUGGCGAGGAAUUGCGCGAAAUUAUGUUAUCUCUAGAACACCUACCCAGGUGGCUAGUCAUGCCCAGAAAUAUUUUGUCAGGCAAUGUAGUGUUUCUAGAAGAAAAAGACGCACCAGCCUCUUUGAUAUUGUGGCAGAAGAAUCGGUGGACACUCCUGUGGUAUCAAGAGACAUUUCUGCAGUGGUGCCCCCAGAAGCUGAGACACAAAGCAGCAACCACCCACCUCCUCCCGCUGCAGAUGAAGAAUGUGAAUCGAUGGAAUGUGCAAAUUCCAAUGAUGAUGAAACCAUGCUUCCUAAGCCAGUGGGUUCACAAUACACUUACCCAGUUGUAUGCCCAUCUUAUGUCACUCCUUAUUUUCCUCUGUUGUUUCCCUUUUUGCCGGGCUACAGCAUGGAGCCAGUGAAGGAAGAAACACAUGAAGUGCUUAAGCCAACAGCUAUUCAUUCAAAGAGCCUCAUUAAUGUUGAUGAACUGAUAGGUAUGUCAAAACUAAGCUUAGGGGAAUCCCUUGGUGAUGCGGGAAAAUCUACCCUCUCUCUAAAAUUGGUUGAAGGCUCUACAAGGCCAUCUGCCUUCCAUGCAAAUCAUGCUUCGGGAAGUUCACGCAUGAACUCGAGCCACAGUCCUAUCCAUGCUGUUUAA